ACAUUCUGGUUAUUAAAAGACAAACGGGGGAGUAUGAGGAAGAAACUGGUGGUUCCCAGCCAGCCAACCAGAGGCAAAACCAAAGCUAGUUUAAACUAAAAUGGAAUGGACCACUUUCUUCUUCUUCUUCUAUCUCCUACUAAUUAAAAACACAACACAAACUCUACCAACACAGCUGCUGCUCUCUCAAUUCUCAAACCACUAUGAAAAAUUGCGUAUGCAAGGCUUCGAGUUUCACCCCUGCAACUCUCUCUUCACUAUCAUUUCCACUGAACAACAACCCCCCUUGUUUUUCCAACAAAUAUCGCAUUGCCUUUUCCACUGUUACAACCCAGGCCAAAACUUGUUUGCUAACAACUAGUUUGGUGAAAAGAGAUGGUGAUUUCGGUGGAAAGGCUGAUGAAAAUGAAAAAGAAUAUAGGAAUAAGAGAGUGCAUUGCGAAGUCGAAGUGAUUUCUUGGAGGGAAAGACGAAUCAAAGCCGAGAUUUUGGUUUCUGCUGAUAUUGAUUCUGUUUGGAAUGCUCUUACUGAUUAUGAACGUCUUGCAGAUUUUAUCCCUAAUCUUAUUUGCAGUGGAAGGAUUCCUUGCCCCCAUCCUGGACGGAUAUGGUUGGAACAGAGAGGUUUGCAAAGGGCAUUAUAUUGGCAUAUUGAAGCACGUGUUGUUCUUGAUCUCCAAGAAAUUCCCAAUUCGUCCAACGGUCGUGAACUCCUCUUUUCCAUGGUUGAUGGAGAUUUUAAGAAGUUUGAAGGGAAAUGGUCUGUCAAAUCUGGAACAAGGUCUGGUACUACAAUUUUAUCAUAUGAAGUUAAUGUAAUUCCAAGAUUUAACUUCCCUGCCAUAUUCCUGGAGAGGAUUAUCAGAUCUGAUCUUCCUGUGAAUCUUAGAGCCUUGGCUUGUCAAGCUGAAAAGAAUUUUCAUGGGAAUCAAAAGAUGUUAAUAGCAAAAGAUUUGAUUAGAAAAUCUUUGCCUGUUCUUUCUUCACCUGGCAUUGACUCAAAUGCUGCACUCUUGGGAAAGGAUAAACCACCGUCUGUAACUGGGCCUCUACCAUCUUCGAGUGAGUUGAACAGUAGCUGGGGUGUUUUUGGAAAAGUCUGCAGAAUCGAUAGGCCUUGUGUGGUUGAUGAAGUUCAUCUUCGCAGAUUUGAUGGCUUAUUGGAAAAUGGAGGCGUUCAUCGUUGCGUUGUUGCUAGCAUAACUGUAAAAGCUCCUGUUCGUGAAGUUUGGAAUGUUUUAACUGCAUACGAGAGUCUUCCAGAGAUUGUUCCAAAUUUAGCUAUUAGUAAAGUCUUAUCACGCGAAAACAACAAAGUUCGCAUUCUUCAGGAAGGAUGCAAGGGCUUAUUGUAUAUGGUGCUUCAUGCACGAGUUGUUUUAGAUCUGCAUGAACAACUUGAAAAAGAGAUCAUGUUUGAGCAGGUCGAAGGGGACUUUGACUCAUUUCAGGGGAGAUGGCUUCUAGAGCAACUUGGAAGUCAUCACACACUACUGAAGUAUUCUGUGGAGUCAAAAAUGCACCGAGAUUCCCUUCUUUCUGAAGCUCUCAUGGAAGAGGUUAUAUAUGAAGAUCUACCGUCCAAUUUAUGUGCGAUACGAGAUUAUGUUGAAAAAACAGAGGCCAAAAUUUCCUUGGAAACACGAGAAAAUCGACAGCUUUCUGGGCAACAAAGUUCCUCCAGCAAUGAUAAUGAAACAGCCUAUAGUGAUACUGGUGAGGAGGAUGAAGGUUCCAAUAGUGCUAAUUCACUUAGACAAAGACCAAGAGUUCCAGGCUUGCAAAGGGACAUUGAAGUCCUCAAAACUGAGCUCCUGAAAUUCAUAUCUGAACAUGGACAGGAAGGAUUUAUGCCUAUGAGAAAGCAACUGCGUUUGCAUGGCAGAGUGGAUAUCGAGAAAGCAAUCACACGCAUGGGUGGAUUUAGAAGGAUUGCAUCUUUAAUGAAUCUCUCCCUUGCAUACAAACAACGUAAACCGAAGGGCUAUUGGGACAACCUUGAAAAUCUGCAGGAGGAGAUUAAUCGAUUCCAGAGGAGCUGGGGAAUGGACCCAUCAUUUAUGCCCAGCAGAAAGUCGUUUGAGCGUGCAGGACGCUAUGACAUCGCACGGGCAUUAGAGAAAUGGGGCGGCCUUCAUGAAGUUUCUCGUCUACUGUCACUCAAGGUGAGACAGAAGCACCCUAGCAGACAGGGGCUAACUAGUGCCAAGGAAAAACAGGUAGAUAAUGUAGCAGCAAGUAGGGGCAUAGAAAGUGAAGAGAAGACUCCAAUAUUAAAGCCAUAUGUUUCGCAAAAUACACAAAAGUGGCUCACGAAGCUAAAAGGUUUAGACAUUAAUUGGGUUGAAUAAAUGUGCCUACUACUACUAUUACUACCAGUCUACUGGUUUAGUUUCUUUCCUUCUGUUUAUGGAGUAUAAUAAAUUGGGUUUAAUAUUCUUGGUCGUGGUAGAAAA